CCUUGCUCUUCAGGCUGCGAAGCCUGAAGCCAGCCUGAAGCUCCUGCAUGAGGCUGAAGCCUGAUCGAUAGAGCGCGAAAGCACACUGGGCUGAAGUCAGCUUGCGGAUCGAACGGGCGCUGAGCAGUGCAGCUAGAGCGGUUGGAGGUUUUACGGAAGACUUGUGGGUGCGGGCCGUGCUCCAGUCGACGGGCAGCCAUGGCCCUCCGCUUGGUGUCCGCCAGGAUGGGGCCCUUCCUGCGGCAGCGAACGCUGGCCGCUGCAGCCGCGCUCGCCCAGCAGAGGGGCUUUGCAGCGGCGGCAUCGGACGAUGAGAAGCUGACUGUAACGGUGCCAGUGCCGUUCAAGACCCACAAGAUUGACCCUCCCUCCCAAGAGGUGGAGACAUCAAAAGCGGAGUUGCUGGGCUUCUUCACGGACAUGUACAAGAUGCGGCGCAUGGAGAUUGCUGCGGACGGCCUGUACAAGAGCAAGUUCAUUCGCGGCUUCUGCCACUUGUACGAUGGCCAGGAAGCGGUCUGCGUGGGGAUGGAGGCGGCGCUCAACUACGACGAUGCCAUCAUCACGGCGUACCGGGACCACUGCACGCACCUGGGGCGGGGGGGGACCGUCCUGGAGGUGAUGGCGGAGCUGAUGGGCCACCGCGACGGGUGCAGCCAGGGCAAGGGCGGCAGCAUGCACAUGUACAACAAGCAGCACAACUUCUACGGAGGGAACGGCAUCGUCGGAGCGCAGGUGCCGCUUGGGGUCGGCGUUGCGUUUGGCCAAAAGUACAACAAGCUCCCGAACGUGACGGUGGCGAUGUACGGUGACGGCGCCGCGAACCAGGGGCAGCUGUUCGAGGCGCUCAACAUCGCGGCGCUGUGGAACCUGCCAUGCCUCUUCACGUGCGAGAACAACCACUACGGCAUGGGCACCGCGGAGUGGCGCAGCGCCAAGAGCCCCGCGUACUACGCGCGCGGGGACUACGUGCCCGGGAUCAAGGUGGACGGCAUGGACGCGCUCGCGGUGAAGCAGGCGUUCAAGUUCGGCAAGGAGUACGCGCUGCAAAACGGGCCGCUGAUGCUGGAGAUGGACACGUACCGCUACCACGGCCACUCCAUGUCCGACCCCGGCAGCACCUACCGCACGCGCGACGAGAUCUCGGGCAUCCGCCAGGAGCGCGACCCCAUUGAGCGCAUCCGCAAGCUCAUCCUCAGCCUGGAGCUGGCCACCGCUGCGGACCUCAAGGCGAUCGAGAAGGAGAGCAAGCGCGAGGUGGACGAGGCGGUGGACGCCGCCAAGAGCAGCCCCCAGCCCGAGGAGAAGCUGCUGUACGAUCACAUCCACUCCGGCACGCCCGCCAACUUCCAGAUCUACGGGGCUGAUAGGCAGCACGUUACCGUGAAGCUCUAGUGGUGAACUCUGACGUGACUACUGCACGACAUUUGUUUCUGCCCUUAGCAGUUGUUUAAGGUACUUGUUCUAGAAAAUUGCUUUAUCGGGUUCGGUCCUGGGAUAUACUUAUGUCAGGCGUUCGCGUAAGGUUGCUCAAACGUGGUGGGACACGAAUUGCUUCUUGAUUGGUAGUCGCAGGCUCGACAAGCGGGGUCCGAAUUCGUCAAGUGCGGGCCAGCGGGGUCACCCAGCACUUGCCGCUCAUUCACUAUAGCGUCUGGACGGACUCUGGUGAAGUUCGAGUAGAACAUGUUGAAACGCGGCACUGACUUUCUUGACCUCUCCGUCCGGAAUUUCACGGAGAGGCCACGUCACUUUCGAUUCGCAACCAAUUUGGGGCGUCCUUGCAUGCAGGAAAUCAAGCGCAGAGUUCUGUGAGGCAUGUUCUUUCAAUGGCACCGCUUAAAGUUAAACAGGAUGUCCUAGUAAGAGUAAGAGUACCGGCUUAGAUCUUUGAGCCGGAAGUUCCGUGCCAGGAGGGUUCGCAGCUAGUACCAGCCCGGCCUGCACUGAAGUUUUGGCCCCUAGUUGGAUACCUUGAAAGACAUGCAUAUGCGCACUGGCUGAGCAGGCUUGUCAACCGUACCGGCUUAUGCGCCGCCGCGGGCUGCGUUUAUGUACAUAGGACAGCGCAG